AUGGAGUCUUUGGCAGAGACACCAUGGGAUGUCACAAUCUCUGGUACGGGGCUAGCUCAAUCACUUCUAGCACUCGCACUUUCCCGGUCGGGUAAGAAGGUACUUCACGUUGACCGUAAUCCCUUUUACGGCGGCUCGGAGGCGGCUUUCAGCCUGCAGGAGGCUGAGGACUGGGCUGCUCGGGUGAACCACGAACCUGAGUCGUUCCCUGUUGAAGACGUAACUAUCUUCAAACCGCAGCAAUCAGCAGAUAUCAAGGCUCACCUUGGCCCCUCCCGAGCAUAUACGCUAACAUUGUCUCCACAACUUAUCUACUGUCGGUCUCGGUUACUGCCCACGCUAGUAUCCUCAAAGGUUUACCGGCAGCUUGAGUUUCAAGCUGUCGGCAGCUGGUGGAUAUCCAAGCCAUCGGACGAGGCAGUGACCGGAGCUAGCACAAAUAGCGGCCCUUCUCCAGAUCUGUACCGUGUCCCAAGCAGCCGCGAGGAUGUCUUCGCUGAUGACGUUAUGAACGUCAAGUCAAAAAGGACAUUGAUGAGGUUUCUCCGCCACAUUGCCAAGCCGCCUCAAGAUGAAGCUGUAUCUGGAGCAGAGGACUUGAGCGGCUCGUUCCCGGAUUAUCUGUCCUCGAAAUUCCAAAUGCCUUCUCAGCUCUAUGAUCCUCUUCUGUCGCUUUCAUUAGCCCAGGCCUCCCCACUUGAGACAUCGGCCGAAUAUGCGGUAGCUCGCAUCAAACGGCAUCUCACCUCGAUUGGUGUUUUUGGCCCUGGGUUUGGAAGCCUGUUGGCCAAAUGGGGAGGUGGGUCAGAAAUUGCUCAAGUGGGCUGCCGAGCUCUCGCAGUCGGAGGUGGGGUGUAUGUCUUGGACGCCGGGAUCGACUCUGUCAAAGAUUUUGAUGAGCCCGACAGUGGUGAUUCAGACCGCGUCCAAGUGCAUCUUUCCAAUGAAGAAUCAAUCAAGACGCGGUUUUUGGUUGGUUCGAACUGGGAUCUUCCAGCCGAUGUUCUUGAUCCUCCUCGUUGUGACAAAGCCUCGCGAUCGAUCACGAUUGUGUCAUCGUCCCUUGAGAACCUCUUCCCAGUCACUGCAGAAGGCGGCCCAAUUCCUGCUGGCGCCGUUGUAGUCUUCCCUGGAAACACUCUAGGCCAAAAAGACGACUCGCCUCCGGUGUACAUUCUUGUUCACUCGAGCGAGACUGGCGAAUGUCCACCUGGACAAAGUGUCUUGUACUCCAGUGUUUCCAUGUCGGGACCUGAUGGUCAAUUGCUUUUAGAAAAAGCUGUACAAAAACUUCUCGAAUCCAGUUCGGAUUUGGACGCGAGGAUCUUAUGGUCUCUACGUUACACUCAAUUGGGACGGGCUGGUGAGAGCAUGCGCAACGCCCAGGCAGCCCAACUUGGCAGCCCGUCUGCGAACAUACUCUGCUUCCCACCUCCCAGUCUUGAUCUAGCCUUUGAUGACACACUCAUUGACGUCGUCAAGGACGCCUGGAGGAGAAUCGUUGGCGAUGAUGCCCCCGAUGAUUUCAUGAAGUUCGAGGACCGAGAGGGUAUCUCUGAUGCUGAAUGA